CUCUCCCUCCCUCUUAGCCAGUCAAUCAGUGCUUUCUAAGAUCAGAGAUAGACCAGGAGAGGAAGAGAGAGAAGGCCUUAAGUGACCGACUGAGAGCUGACCUAGAGCAUCAAAGUACCAAGACUCUUCAGGCUAUGAUGUGGCUUUAAGAGGAGAGGGGGAUCAGGUAGUAGAUCUACCGAGCACAGAAGAGUGAAGAGCAAUAAAACAGAACAGUGAAGAGUAGUCAAUUUGGGAAUAAAGUUUCACAGACAAAUCCAAACCCCUGCCUCCUGGAGUCUUGAGGCAAUCACAAUAAAAAAUGCCCUUUUUCUUCCACCUCAUUCUCUUCCUUCUCCCAAGCCCCGCCCUUUUAACCCAUGAUGCCGCUCUUCUCUCAGUGUCUCAACGUAUCACCAGGGACACCAAACCCCAGCCAAUUAAAGUGAUGAUUUCUGAGCCAUGCCUGCAGGGCAGUGAACCCUGUGACCCCAGCGAGGCUAAAGGGAAGGAGGUCGAGCUGGAGCCUGGGGCUCCCCUGGUUCUGACUCACCGGAUCCACCUGAUGCAGGGCUCUGGGGUGGGCUGUGGUGGCUGCAAAGCUGAUUUUGCCGUGCUUCGGGCACGCAUCGAGAGGCUUGAGAGGGAGGUGUCUGAGCUGAGGGAGAAGUGUGGUGGGCCAGAGGGGGGCUGCUGCACCUCCCAGCAGAGUAAAGGAGCAGGCUGCACCACCGGGCGUCCGCCAACAGAUGAGUGUCCGGACGACUGCAGUGACCAGGGCCGUUGCGUGGAUGGGAAGUGUGAAUGUUUCCCAGGUUUCAGUGGGCCGGACUGCAGUGAGUCCAACUGCCCUGGCAACUGCAACAACAAGGGAAAGUGUGUGAACGGUCAGUGUGUGUGUGACCCUGGUUUCACUGGUCCAGACUGUUCCCAGGCCGCAUGUCCCAAUAACUGCAACAACCGCGGCCGCUGUGUUAAUGGUCAGUGUGUGUGUGACCCUGGCUUCACUGGUCCGGCGUGCUCUGCUAAAGCUUGUCCCAAAAACUGCAGCAACCGUGGGAGGUGUGUAAACGGGAAGUGUGUGUGUGAAUCCGGCUUCACUGGUCUGGAUUGUUCUGAAAGGUCCUGCCCGAGGAACUGCAACAAGAAAGGCAGAUGUGUGAAUGGUCAGUGUGUCUGUGACGCUGGGUUUUCCGGUCCAGACUGCUCCGUCAAGACGUGUCCGGCAAACUGUAAUGAGCAGGGAAGGUGCGUGAAUGGAAAAUGCGUCUGUGAAUCGGGAUUUGCUGGUCCGGACUGUUCCGAGAAGACCUGCCCUGGAAACUGCAACAAUAAAGGCAGGUGUGUCAACGGUCAGUGUGUUUGUGAUGAAGGAUUCUCUGGUCUGGACUGCUCCAUUAAAACAUGCCCAGCCAACUGCAACAAUAAAGGCAGGUGUGUCAACGGUCAGUGUAUUUGUGAUGAAGGAUUCUCUGGUCUGGACUGCUCUAUUAAAACAUGUCCAGCCAACUGCAACAAUAAAGGCAGGUGCAUCAAUGGACAGUGUGUUUGUGAUGAAGGAUUCUCUGGUCCGGACUGCUCCAUUAAAACAUGUCCAGCCAAUUGCAACAAUCGCGGAAAGUGUGUGAACGGCAAGUGUGUGUGUGACUCAGGUUUUGCUGGUCCGGACUGUUCUACCAAAUCCUGCCCCAACGACUGCAGUGACCGAGGCCAGUGUGUGGACGGCCAGUGUGUUUGUGAGGAAGGUUUCACUGGCCCAGACUGUUCCACUAAGUCCUGUCCUAACAACUGCAGCAACAAAGGCAGAUGUGUGAAUGGCAAGUGUGUAUGUGACAUGGGAUUCACUGGACAGGACUGCUCUACCAAGUCCUGCCCCAACAACUGCAGCAACCGUGGCCGGUGCGUAAAGGGCAGGUGUGUGUGUCAGCGCGGAUUCGCCUUGCCAGACUGCAGCGAGUGCACGGAUAGGUUCAUGGGGCCUGACUGUGCAAUGGCAAUGGCUGGUGUUUCCCGUCUUAGUACAAGGGACAUCACUGAGUCUUCAGUCACUCUGUUCUGGACUCCACCUACUGUGCAGUACGAUACUUACCACAUCACCUUCACCAGUAAG